AUGGCUGCCACCCGCCCCCCCGCCCCUGCUGUCCACCAGUCGGUCAACCUCCUCAUUGAUAACCUCGUCAAUAUCAAAGACGAGACCGGCAGGUUCCUCCUGCACCUUUCCGACGGUCGCAUCAUCGAUACCAAGUCCUGGCAUGGCUGGGAGUGGACCCACGGCAUUGGCCUGUACGGCGUGUGGAAAUACUAUGAAUUAACUGGCGAUGAGCGCCUGCUGACGAUCAUUGAGGAGUGGUUUGCCGCACGAUUCGCUGAGGGUGGUACCACCAAGAAUAUCAACACGAUGGCUGUGUUCCUGACCCUCGCUUAUGUCUACGAGAAGACCCGCAAUGUCACAUAUCUGCCCUGGUUGGACGCGUGGGCCGAAUGGGCGAUGCACGAAUUGCCGCGCACUCGCUACGGCGGUAUGCAGCACAUCACAUACAACUCCGAGAACUACCAGCAACUCUGGGACGAUACCCUCAUGAUGACCGUGAUGCCUCUCGCCAAGAUCGGCAAGCUGCUGAACCGCCCCGGGUACAUCGCCGAGGCCAAGAAGCAGUUCCUCACACACAUCAAGUAUCUAUUUGACACGAAGACCGGUCUAUUCUUCCACGGAUGGACUUUCGAGGAUGGAGGUCACAACUUUGCCGACGCGCGCUGGGCGCGGGGCAACAGUUGGGUGACCAUCGUGAUCCCCGAAAUCAUUGAGCUGCUGGACCUGGAAUCGACCGACCCGAUCCGGCUACACCUGAUCGACACCCUAGAAGCCCAGUGCGCGGCACUCCAGCGUGUUCAAUCGGAGUCGGGCGCCUGGCACACCCUCCUGGACCAUCCCGAUUCGUACCUCGAGGCGUCGGCCACCGCCGGAUUCGCCUAUGGUAUCCUCAAGGCGGUGCGCAAGCGUUAUAUUAGCGCCGCGUACCGACCCGUCGCGGAGAAGGCCAUUACCUCCGUCCUGAAAGAUGUGGAUCCGCAGGGCGAGCUCCUCAAUACCAGCUUCGGGACUGGCAUGGGCGAUUGCCUUCAGUUCUAUAAGGACAUUCCCUUGACGUCGAUGCCAUAUGGCCAGGCGAUGGCCAUCAUGGCCCUUGGCGAGUACCUCCGGACCUACCUAUAG